AUGAUGAACGACCUGACCCUCGAGCUGGACAGGAGGAGACGAGCGGCUUGGGGAGCGUACAAGAGCAUCGAGGAUGCAGUGAAGAAGACCAGGAACACCCGGCUCCGUGCUCACCUCUUCAACACCACCGUACUUCCUGCUUUGACUUAUGCUUCUGAAACCUGGGCAUUUCGCAAGCAGGAAGAAAACGCGGUGAGCGUCACUGAACGCGCAAUUGAGAGAGUGAUGCUAGGAGUAUCCCGUUUCACGCAAGUGAGGGACGGGAUUCGUAGUUCUCUCCUGUGUCAGCGAUCUAAGAUUAGAGACGCCGCCGCGUUUGCCAAGGACAGUGAAAUAAGGUGGGCCGGACACGUGAUGCGCUUUAACGACAACCGUUGGACCAGAGCCGUGAGCGACUCGGUUCCCCGCGAUUCGGUUAUUUGGCGCACUACAGGAAGACCGCCGACCCGAUGGUCAGAUGAUUUCUUCACGAUGUCCUUCGAAGAAAAGUAUGAUGCUCUUCGUGUCCCACGCGAAAGAAGGAACCACUGA